UUCACAGAAGACACUCCAUCCAAUCGAGUUGAGUCGUCAUAUCUGACAACUACUGACGACGAGAUAGCGAAGGAAGCCAACAGCAGCAGGCAGUAGAAUCGAACUCGGCAGAGUAAAAUUUGUGCAAGGCGUGUGCCUCAAAUCAGUUUAAUUUGCUUACGAUUUGUGGGCAAUUUGUGAACUUUUAGGUGUUUGGUAUCUACAGUGCAAUCCCCUCCGGCGAUUGGUGGUGAAAAGUUUCGAAUUUGAUUUGUAGUCGGCAAAUCGUUUGCAACAAAAGACGGUACCUGAGCCCGGUUAACCCUCCCCGACCCUCAACACAUGUCACGCGAAGGAACGGGCCUAUCCCGCAGCGGAAGUGGCGGCGCCAGCAGUAGUGGACCACGCGAUUACGGGGCAACCGGCAGUAGUAGCAGUAGCGCGGUCAUGGCAUCGACCGACGCCAGUAACUUUGGUGGCUUCAGCCCAACGGAAUUUAUCUCGCUGAGCGAGUCCAUUGCCGCCAAUACGAUCUUUGUGAAGCAGAGCUGGCAGUUUCUGGAGAAGGCUAACAGGACUGUCGGAACGGCCAAGGACAACCAGACGCUGCGGGAUAAAGUGCACGAUGUACAAACCGGAACCAAUCAGAGGAUUUCAACCACCAGCAAAGAUCUUCAGCGAUUGACGGUGGUGGUGAGGCGGGGCGACAAGCAACAGAAGCUUCAGGUGGAGAAACUCACAUCCGAUUUCACCCAUGUAGUGCAAAUGUAUUCCAAGAGCCAGCAGGUCAUCGCUGCCAAGAUGAAGCAGGUCCUGCUGGUGAAUGCUUCCCAGCAGGAUGAUAUGAACCGAGACUUGAUAGGAUUCGGUGAUGGAAGCCAACAACAGCAACAGCAGCAGCAGCAACAACAGGAGCAGCUGCGUCAACAGCAAAUGCAUCGGGAUAUGCAGUUCGAGCAGGAUAUGCUGAUGGAGCGGGAGCAACGAAUGCGACAGAUCGAAGCCGAUGUGUUGGACGUGAACCAGAUCAUGAAGGAACUGAGCAGCAUUACCCACCAGCAGAGUGAAGUUAUCGAUACCAUCGAGAACACCAUCGAGCACACGGUAGGCAACGUCGAAUCAGGCCACACGGAACUGGCCAAGGCGGCCGAAUAUCAGAACCGGUACCGCCGCAAAGUGAUGAUCCUACUGCUCAUUGCCGUGAUAUUGGGAGUAAUCAUUACCGGAAUCAUCGUAUCCAGGCUGAAAAAUUAGACCAAGUACUGGAAACAGCGGGAACGGUAGUCUUUCGCUUUCGCUUUGAUUUUUUUUAGUAGAUAAGAGUUAUUAUUUUUAUCGAAAUGUUAAUCCUAUCAUUACUGAAUAGAUAGCCUUUAGUCAACGAACGAUUCGAAUUUAGGUCUCUCCUACUUGUGUAUAGUUGUUUGAGGCUUGAGGUUAGGGAGGUCGAAUUUUCUUGGGUUGAUUCAGAGAGAAUAGAUAUGAAUACAAAAUGUUCUGUUUUGCUAUUUUUCCAUCGAUUUCUGCUCGUUAAACAAUAUGGAAUCAAACUUAUUCUAGCACUAUGUCUAGAUUAGGAAAACAAACAGGAUCAAAAUAUUCGAAUUGGAUUUGCUAGGUGAAUCCGCAUAGAAAGUAUCUGCUUGCCUAUUUAAUUCACGCUUGUUAGUCAAAUCGAAAAUGAUACUUCAUUUUUUCUCUUUUUAAAAUUAUCAAUGUUGUACGAUAGCAAAAAUAUAUAAACCCAGCUGAUUAGCCUAAAGAAAAAAAAUACAAUUGUUUACGAUCAGUGUAUUGGACGGAACCGCAGUCUUACAACGGAUGUAUAAUAAAUACCCAAAAAGAUUUGUUUAA